AAUGCAUGAUGGGGGUCUGCCACAACUUCUGGACCCAGCGCCCCCCACCUGACGCCCAUGAUGCCCAGCCCCUCAUCGCUAAACAAUGCAGUACUGAUGACAGCCAGAAGGGGGCAGACAGAACACAGCUCAAAAAGAGACGCUGGUGUCGCAACAGCUGCCUUUGCCUGUUUCUGUUCCUGGUCGUGAUGAUGACUGUGGUCAUCCUGGAAGUUGACCUCAAAGAACAGAUCUCACCUUCAACAACCAAUCCAGCAGCAAACAUGUCAGUUGCGAUUCUGGCCGCCCCUCCCCCGUACGUGUCCCGAGGACCGUACCAUGUACAAUACCCACAUGAGUACAUCUUCAUCCUGGAUGAGCCAGAGAAAUGCCAGGAGCAGAACCCCUUCCUGGUUCUGAUGGUGCCAGUGGCGCCCUAUAACAGGGAGGCUCGUGAGGCCGUCCGCAGGACUUGGGGCAGUGAGAGGCAGGUACUGGGCAGAGAGGUCCGUCUGUUCUUCCUGCUGGGACUGCCCAGUGGAGAGGAGACAGAGCAGCUCCAGGAGAAGGUGCUGCAGGAGAGCAAAGAGCACCAGGAUCUGCUGCAGAGCGACUUCAUAGACAGCUACAAAAACCUGACCAUCAAGACCAUGAUGAUGAUGGAGUGGCUGAGCUCUCGCUGCCCCAACGCCUCCUACGCCAUGAAGAUCGACUCAGACAUGUUCCUCAACGUGAACACCUUGGUCAACAUGCUGCUUCACGCUCCAACGCAGAACUACAUGACUGGACUAGUGGCCCAAUGGGCCGCCGUUCUAAGGGACCAUAACUCCAAAUGGUACCUUCCAAAGGAGGUGUUUUCUGAACCAGUAUAUCCACCUUAUGCUCUGGGCCUGGGCUAUGUCUUCACCUUAGACCUCCCCAGGAAGCUGGUGGAGGCGUCCAGGCAUGUUAAAGCCGUCUACAUAGAGGAUGUGUAUCUGGGACUGUGUAUGAGACACCUGGGCAUCCGGCCUACUGACCCCCCCAGUGGAAACCUCUUCCAGGUUUCCCCUGUGGCUUAUGACCGCUGCACCUACUCACGGCUGAUAGCCACCACCACACACAGUAUCACUCACCAGGUCAACGCAUGGACAGACCUACACAAACCUGGUCCUCCCUGCUGAUCUCAUACAGUAACAGACUGACUGCUGUACCAAUCACUUCCUCGUUGUUUGUUUAUACACUAACUAACAAACAAAAAACAAAGAUGGCGACACCUCCAGGAGAUGGGAAAAGGAUAUAUACUGUGCAUUUGGAAAGUAUUCAGACUUUUUACACAUUUUGUUAUGUUACAGACUUGUUCUAAAAUGGAUUAAAUAAUUUUUAAAAAACUCAGUAGCCACACACAAUACCCCAUAAUGACAAAGCAAAAACAGCAUUUUUUAAAUGUUGGCAAAUUUACAAAAUGUUCUCUGAGACUCAGAAUUGAGCUCAGGUGCAUCUUGUUUCCAUUGGUCAUCCUUGAGAUGUUUCUACAACUUGAUUGGAGUCCACCUGUGGUACAUUCAAUUGAUUGGACAUGAUUUGGAAAGGCACACACCUGUCUAUAUAAGGUCCCACAAUUGACAGUGCAUAUCAGAACAAAAACCAAGCCAUGAGGCCGAAGGAAUUGUCCGUAGAGCACCGAGACGGGAUGGUGUCGAGGAACAGAUCAGGGGAAGGGUACCAAAAAACUUCUGCAGCAUUGAAGGUCCCCAAGAACACAGUGGCCUCCAUCAAUCUUAAAUAGAAGAAGUUUGGAACCACCAAGACUCUUCUUAGAGCUGGCCGCCAAGCCAAACUGAGCAAUCUGUGGAGAAAGGUCCUUGGUCAGGGAGGUGACCAAGAACGCGAUGGUCAUUCUGACAGAGCUCUAGUGUUCCUCUGUGGAAGGACAAUGAUCUCUGCAGCACUCCACCAAUCAGGCUUUUAUGCUGUGGGGAUGUUUUUCAAUGCCAGUGACUGGGAGACUAGUCAUGAUUGAGGCAAAGAUGAACGGAGCAAAGUACAGAGAGAUCAUUGAUGAAAACCUGCUCCAGAGCACUCAGGCCCUCAGACUGGGGUUACGGUUCACCUUCCAACAGGACAACGACCCUAAGCACACAGCCAAGACAACGCAGGAGGGGCUUCGGGACGAGUCUCUGAAUGUCCUUGACUGGCCCAGCCAGAGCCCAGACUUGAACCCGAUCAAACAUUUCUUGAUAGAUCAAAAAAUAGCUGUGCAGCAACGCUCCCCAUCCAACCUGACAGAGCAUGAGAGGCUCUGUAGAGAAGAAUAAGAGAAACUCCCCAAAUACAGGUGUGCCAACCUUGUAGCGUCGUACCCAAGACUCAAGGCUGUAAUCGCUGCCAACAAUGUACUGAGUAAAGGGUCCGAACACUUUCCAAAGGCACUGUAUACCUUGGUGAAGAACAUUAACACCCUGAAGACCAGUUUCUUCACGUUACGUCCUUUGGGAGAAUGUUGUUUUUCUCUGAACCGAGGCAGACACCUUGCUACACCGGUUUUUGAUUCCUAAGGCUUUUUUAAACAAAGACUGAGAGCAGCAGUUAUCUGUCUAACGUGGACAUGGUGAUGGACUGAACUAAGAAAUGGAUGCAAUGGGUUGGGUCUGUCUGUGGUGAAUGUGUGCACUACACUGAAGCAGCAGAAACCCAGAACAAGUUAAACAGGUUUAUCGUAAUAGAGACUAGUUGGCUGUGUUUAGACAGGCAGCCCAAUUCUGAUCUUUUUCCCACUAAUUGUUCAUUUGACCAAUCACAUCUCUUUCAGAGCUGAUGUGAUGGUGAAAAGUCUAAACACAGCCACUGCACUUAAUCAUCAGCUUUGCCUCUUUUCCCAGAGCAAACUGUAACAGGUUCAUUUGACCCAGCUUCUCACAACAGGACAAAGAAUACUGGAGCAACAGGACAUGUAGAUUAUAACUUGUUUGGUUGUUGUUGUAGGAGUUGAUAUAGUUUUCGUGAGGGAAAAUCAAGUUUGAAAUGUUAAACCGGAAAUGACAAACUUCAGAAGCCUGUUUAAACCACUAAAAUGGGCAUUUCCUGCUCCGCAGGAAAAUGAUCUGUGACAACAGAGUGACCAAAUAUAUAUCAGAUCUGUAUCAGUUAGUGAUGGAAAUAAGUGAAGGGGAUCUGUGAAGGCUUUGGCUGUAGAGUCAAUAGACCAGGAUGAAGGGUGUCAUUUGCACUGUCACCAAAGUCACAAGUCAAAUGUUUUAUUUUUUUAUUUUAUUUAACUAGGCAAUUCAGUAAAGAAACCUAUUGUUAUUUACAAUGACGGCCUACACCGAACAGACCCAGAUGACAGCCGCCCCUAUCGGACUCCCAAUCACGGCCGGAUGUGAUACUGCCUGGAAUCAAACCAGGGUUUCUGUAGUGACGCCUCAAACACUGAGAUGCAGUGGCCUUAAACCGCUGCGCCACUCAGGGGCCCCAAGAUGCAGUGCCUUAAACCGCUGCGCCACUCAGGGGACAGUCAAGUAGCUUUGUAUGAGUUGUAGUUUUUUUAAUAUGUGGUGGAAGGAGGAAGUUUCAGUCGAGCGAUCAGGAAGAGAUGAUGUUUGCAUUCAUUUUGCAAUUCGCAGGGUCAGAGGGAAUGUGGUUUGCCUGAGAGUUUGUGCCAACUGCAUUGAAGACAGCUGAUACGGCACACUAAGGCAUUCCUAUCACUUCCUCUUUCGUUCCUGCCAGAGAUGUAAUCUGCUGAAUUUGUAAUAAAUUUCCACUUUGAUUAAAA